AACCCGUCCGCACUCCACCACUCCACCUGCUUCUAGAAGUCUCCAGCGCCUCGCCUCCACCGCGCCAAUGGGGAAGAGCGAGGCUACGCCGACGGUGACGAAGGGGGAAGGGGAGGAGCUGGUGCUGACGAUGCUCGAGGUGGAUCCCGCCACCGAGGACCCUGACCUCCUCGACGCCAUCAGGAAGAAGAACAGUGCUGCCCUGACCUCCAUUCUUGAUCCCCAUGACGAGCUCUCCGCCAAAGACAGUUCGAAUGCGGCUGCUGCUGUUUGGUAUUUCGUCAUGAAUGGCCACCACAUAACUGGCAAUCUGAACCUGCUGACGGACCUCACGCCUGUGUGUGACCGUUGGGUCCGUUCUCUCAUUGGGACAGGGCCGCCCAUGCAAGUCUGUGCACGGGGAUCUGUGAACUGCAACGGGAUCAAGCUCGAUGACGUAUGGUAUGUUCCCGGGGUCACGGUGAACAUGGUGGCAGGUGCCCAUUUUAGCAAUCAGGAAAUUUCACUCACUCUGGAUCGCAGUGCCUUUUCUCUUAAGCGCCCUGAUGGCACAGUAGUCGGCAAAGGACGUGUUAAAGGCAAUCUGUAUGAAGUAGACUUUCUCGACAUCAGUAGUACAACAGCUCCCUGGUACAUCGUCUCGAAUGCUGCUGAACACAUGACCGGCAACCUGCACCUCCUGAGCAACUUCACCCCCACCCAGCCAGGCCGCCAAGUCCGGACGCACACCGGUGCGAUGCUGCAGGUGCGCGGGAAGGGGUCUCUGAGCUCCACCCAGCUCUCCAUUCCCAGCGUCAGCUACGUCCCAGGGCUCACCGAGAACAUCAUCUCAGUGACCCAGCUCACUGACAGCGGCUUCAGUGUCGCGUUCAGUCCUCAUGGCUGCACCAUCACAAGGAACCGCGAUGGGAAGACGGUCGGCUGCGCGUACCAUGCCGGUGGCCAGCUCUACCUGCUCGACUACCUCAGGGUUGCUGACAGCAAGUAGCCUGUAUGAGUUGCCGACAGACAUAGUGAACCCAGAGCAGUGAGGUAACCAGCCCUAUGAGUUGCCAAGAUGAAGAGGAAAUUUAGUUGCGAAGGGCUUUUUUGGCUGCGAACGAGUUGUUAGCUGGUUUCCUGUAUGAAAAACCUCGUGGAUGCUUCGGUUAAUGUUAAGUUACGAUCCUGAUAUUACUAUGUCUGUAUGGGCUAUGGCAUAUUACCACUAACCAGUUACGCAUGGGUUUCUGCAAUUACCAUGGAUGUGGUUAAUAUGUAA